ACGGACAUUUUGAGUGGGUCGUCAUGCCUUUCGGACUCACCACCGCCCCGAUGACUUUUCAAGCGGCGAUGACCAACAAGUUUCGUGCAAUGCUAGACCGGUUCGUGCUGGUCUACUUGGACGACAUCCUCGUCUAUAGCCGGACCUUGGAGGAACAUCUCGAGCAUCUUCGACGAGUGUUGGAGACGCUCCUUUGCACCAAGUACAAAGCCAACCGCGACAAGUGCGAAUUCGUACGUCAAGAGUUGAAAUAUUUGGGCCAUUUCGUCACUCCACAAGGCAGCAGUCCAUUGUCGGACAAGAUUCAAGCCAUCCAAGAUUGGUCGGAGCAGCGGAACGUCACGGAUGUCUGUUCGUUCCUUGGCCUUGCCGGCUACUACCAACGUUUCAUCAAAGGAUACUCGAAGAUCGUGGCCCACUUAUCCAAGCUUCAAUGCGAGGACCGGCCAUCUGACUUUGGGACGGAUGUGCGAGAACCAUUUCUGGCCCUUAAGGCCGCAUUGCUAUCAACGGAAGCCUUGCGAAUAUACGACCCGCUAUUGCCGACGCACGUCACUACGGAUCCGUCCGGCUAUGGCAUUGGUGUCGUCCUCGAACAACAUGAUGGCGUGGACUGGCACCCAUUCGAAUACUUCAGCAAGAAAGUGUCGGUCGUGCAUUCAAUCAAUGACGCACGCAAGAAGGAACUUCUCACCUUUGUCCACGCACUCAAGCGGUGGUGGCACUUCCUCCUUGGUCGACGCCAAUUCCGAUGGGUAACGGACAACAAUCUGUUGGUCUUUUACAAGACCCGAGCUACCGUCAACACGAUCGCCCGUUGGAUGGAUUUCAUCGACCAGUUUGACUUCUUUCCCGAUCAUAUUCCGGGGAGGUCAAACCGUUUUGUGGAUGCUCUUUCACGGCGUCCAGAUCACUACACCGCCGUCUACUCGACCUUUGAGAUAAAGAAUGACUUGCGGGACGGUUUCAUCCGCGGCUAUCAAGCCGACCCCGAAUUUUGCGACAAGUACGCAAAUUGUUCCUCUCCCAAUCCGGCGCCUUCGCACUAUCGGAUCCAAGAGCUAUUCCUUUUCAUCACGUUGCGGAUCCUUGGCUCCCUACACAUUGUCCCAUUGGGCAUGCGACAUCUGGUGAGGUUCAUGAAGGAGGACGAUGCCAUGAUGCAAAUGCCGUCAGGUCGACUGAAGCACGCGAGAAGGUCAGUGAGGAACGCGUGGGUGUCCAAGAAGAUGAAGGCGGCAGGUUCGAUCAGGUCGGCGGAAGACUGCUGGAAGAAGUGGUGCGAUCUCAUGAGCAAGAUGAAGGACAUCUUGCACAAGUGCAAUGCGUCAGGGAAGCCCUCAUAUUGGGAGAUGAGCGUCGAAGACAGGAAAAGGGAGGGAAUCCCGAUGCCGUUUGAGGAGCCGUUAUGGGAGGAGAUGGAGUGGGCACAUCGAAAGCCGUCAGCCGCUUGCGACAAUACCAUGGCAUCAUCAAACUUGCAGGGUGCUGAAAGCGGUGUUUCCGGUAAGGAAACACCCGGUGGGCAUGACUCAUGAGAAGGCGGGAGCCAUAGUGGUGCAAGUGUUGAAGAAUCGGAAGGCUUGCGGAAGAAACGGUGUGGGUCAACGGGCAAAGAGCGUGCUAGUGAUCACCUGCCAAUGUCGUCCAUGGAGAGAGUUGUGCUCGAUUCUAGUAUGGCGGUUCGAGAAGGGAUGGACAUGGCGGCAGGCACUCUUGCCUGGGCAAGCACAGAGGGUGCGAAGCUGGUUGCAACCCAAGUUGGCGCAGUCGCAAGAGCCAUUAAGGAGC